AUGAAGGCUGUGUGCAUCGUGGCUUUCUUGUCCCUUUCUUUAGGGGCUUCUGCUGGAUCCCAGCCGGUGGCGACAGAUGCGACCGGGACGUCUGGGAUGCAAGCCGAGUCCGAACAGUCCGAACCGUCCGAACCGACCGAACAGUGCCAGUCUGGGAGCCUCAUCCAGCGUUCCUCCCAGAAGGCGAUGCUGCCCACGAAGGCGACGCUUGGCGAGGCCGAGGUUGCGGAGCCAGAGAUUCCACCGAACAAGAUGAACAAGAAGAUGAACAAGAAGAUGAGCAACAAGAUGAACAAAAAGAUGCAGAAGAGGGAAAAGAUGCAGAAGGAGCACGGAGAUCUCCUGGCCUUCCUCGCCCAGUCAAAGGAGUCAAAGGAGCUGGUGCCUCCAGGAGAUUCUGAAUGCACACCGACAGGAGCUCCUCUGGCGGGCGAGAGCAAGGCGAAGUUCGAGCUGCUUUUGCAAAAGGUCGCUGCCCUCGACCUGGAUGCUGUCAUCGCCCGCCUUGUCAAGAAGAAGGACUACAUGCCCAAGAUUGCUAAGAGGGCCGCCGAUGAGUACCGCAAGUUCCUGGUGUUGAUGGGCAUGGGGGAGACGCCGGUCGCGCCCAAGAUGGUCGUUGAUGCCUGGCAAGCCCACAUCAUGUUCACACAGACGUACGAGCGGGACUGCCGUGAGGUGUUUGGCCACUUGCUUGAACACGACCCCCUUGCUCAGCACUUGGAAGCCAGUCGGCUGGAGCAGAUGCAGCAGCAGAUCUGCGACUACUUCGGCAUGGUAGACCGACUUGUUUGGGAACAGCCGGCAAAGGCCGUCGGCCUCUCCCAGAGCAUGGACCCUGCUGCCACCAUGCAGCAGUGGCUUGACCACAUCAACGAGAAGUCGAUCUUCCGUGAGGACCUCAUGACGGAGGAUGUCCAUUUGAUGGUGCUUUCGCAACACAGCUCCAAUGCCACGACCUUUGAUGGCAGAAUCGAAGCUCUGUCCUUCUUCCACCAGCAUGGGCAUGCCGACAGCGCACGCGAGUUCCUUUCCGUGACCCCCGGUGCCUUUGCCAUCGAGACGACAAAGAACCUGCGCAUGGGGGCUGACGUUUUCGAGGUGAACUCGCAAGGCCAGAUCUUCGACAUCAAGAUCUGGAUGACCUCCUUGAGAAAGGACAAAGAGGACUUGAACGACGCGGGGCUAACAACUCUGGGCAACGGAUCGCAGGCGCUGGUCGAUGCCGGGGAGACAGACGUCACCUUGACCAAGGCUGCCAUGGAGUCCUGGAUGCAAAGCCUCAACGCGGAGCCGAAGGAAGAGCUUCUGGCGGACGAUGUGCGCAUGCUUCGGAUGUCGCAAAUGGACAUUGAACCCGAAAUUCAUACUGGGAAGGCUGACGUGAUGAACUUCUUCCGGGACUUCGAGCAUGCCAGCGGGGCCCGAGAGUUCCUUUCUGUGGACGGAGGUGCCUUCAUGCUCGAGCUUAAGAACGACAUGCACCCUCGCAUGGGAGUCCUGGUUUUUGAGGUGAACCCCGAUGGCAAGAUCCAGGACAUCAAGGUCUGGAUAGGUUCCCUGGAAAACGACAAGGCCGACUUGGGCGACAGCGGCCUGAGUCAGACCUUGCUCCUGUCGCAAGAAGCUGCCCUCGCGGCGAGCCCCGAGCCCACGGAGUGUUUGCGUUCCAGCAGACAGCCGUCCCUGCAGCAAACGCACAGCUUCAAGACAGCUGCCGAGAAGGUGAAAGCGCUUGACCUCAACGCUGUGGUAGCCGUUCUCGGGAAGGAUGGCUACUCGCCCAGCAAGGCAGCAAGCCUUGCGGAAGAGUACCGAAAGUACUUGACCCUGGUGGGUGCCGGCCUGAACCCUGUGCCUUCGCAGCAGGUGGAUGAUGCGUGGCAUGCCCACAUCCUGAAUACCAAGAAGUACCAGGCUGACACACGGGCGCUGUUCGGCCACGUCCUCCAUCACGAGCCGGCCAACCUUCUCCUGGACCAGCAGGGCAUGACAGCACAGAAAUCCUCCAUGGACGACAUGUUCUUACAGACCAAGAUGCAGCUCUGCGACUUCUAUGGUCGCGUCAACGAAGCCGUGUGGUCCAAGGAAGACGUCGCCCUGUGCCUUUGCGCCUGCGGCUGCGGCUGCGCUUGCGGCUGCAGCUGUGGCUGUUCCUGCGCUCCGAGCCCCCCACCGAGCCCGAGCCCGCCCCCGAGCAGUGGCUGCUGA